ACUGCGACCGUUAAACCGUCAGACGCGUAAACUCUUCAGUCAGUGGCGAACACUUCACAGAAACGCGGUGUUUGGAGAGCUGUCACGAUUGUUUUAGGAGGAAACGGUGAAGAUGCUGGAGGGUAAAUGUGGUAAUCCUUUGCUCUCUGAGGGGAUUUGGGCUUUAAAGCUCAUGUCUGACCAUCUGCCCUCAGAAAACUGACAAAACACGCUUAAAUUAGCCAGAUACCGCCAGUCCGGAGAACAAGUCUGAAAAAUGACUGACAGGACAUGGCGUUACUCUGUCGUCAUGACGAUGGUCUCUUUAGCCUGGCUCCUCCCUGUCAUCGCUACUGCCACGCCCUUCCCCAGGGAUCUGCAGCCAAUCAGUGUGGUGGGACUGGAAGACUCACUCCUGUAUCCCAGUUUCCAGGGUCUGAUGUCACACAAUAACUCGGAGCGUCUCGGUCUGGACUAUCAGCGGAUGAUCAGGAUCCAGCAUAUGCUGUACAUCGCUGCCAGAGAUCAUGUGUUUGUUGUGAAUCUCACUGCGUCAGUGGAUAGAAUCAUCCCACAGCAGAUUCUGACGUGGAGAUCUACAGACGUGUCGAAGUGUGCCGUGCGAGGAAGAAACAGCGAUGAAUGUUAUAAUUACAUCAAAGUUCUUGUGCCUCGUAACGACGAGACUCUGUUUGCGUGUGGAACCAACGCUCUGAACCCCGCCUGCCGAAACUACAGAUUGAGUUCGCUGGAGCAGGUCGGUCAGGAGCUGUUGGGUCAGGCCCGAUGUCCAUUUGAGUCUCGCCAGUCCAACGUAGGAGUGUUUGCAGGCGGUCAUUUCUAUUCGGCCACAGUGACAGACUUCCAGGCGAGUGACGCGGUGAUCUACAGGAGUUUAGGAGGAGAGGGGCGGCCCGUCCUGCGUACGGUCAAAUACGACUCCAAAUGGCUGAGAGAACCUCACUUCCUGCAUGCUGUAGAAUACGGCAACUAUGUGUAUUUCUUCUUCAGUGAGAUUGCAGUGGAGCACACCGCCGCUGGGAAGGUGGUGUACUCACGAGUGGCUCGCGUGUGUAAGAACGACAGCGGCGGCUCCACGCGUGUGCUGGAUCGCUACUGGACGUCGUUUCUGAAGGCGCGGCUGAACUGCUCAGUUCCUGGAGACACGUUCUUCUACUUCGACGUGCUGCAGUCCGUCACCAACGUGCUUCAGAUCAACCAGCGGCCCGCUGUGGUCGGAGUCUUCACCACACAGACCAACAGCAUUCCCGGUUCAGCCGUCUGUGGGUUUUAUCUGGAUGACAUCGAGCGGGUUUUUAAUGGGAAGUUUAAAGAGCAGAAGAACAGCGAUUCGAUGUGGACGUCAGUGCCUGAGGAACACGUGCCCAAACCACGUCCAGGUUCGUGUGCAGGUGAAGGUUCGGCGUCCUCGUUCUCGUCCUCUGUUCACUUCCCAGACUCUGUGCUGACAUUCAUUAAGACACACCCACUGAUGGACGAGUCUGUGCCGUCAGUCAACAGCCAACCACUGAUCACCAACACCGCCAGCAGGUAUAAACUGACUCAGAUUGUUGUGGAUACGGCGGCCGGGCCUCAUAAGAACCGCACCGUUGUGUUUCUGGGCUCUGAGGACGGACGGGUUCUGAAGGUUCUGACCAGCAUUCAAGGCAACAGCUCUCAUGGAUCCAGACUACUGGAGGACAUCGAUGUGUUCAACCCCACGCAGUGCAGCGGUGAGCGCAGGGUGUUGGGUCUGGAGCUGGACAAGGAGCAUCACGCUCUCUAUGUGGCGUUUUCCAGCUGCAUCAUCAGAGUUCCUCUCAGCCGCUGCACUCGACACGCCACCUGCAAGAGCCACUGUCUCUACACACAUGACCCAUACUGCAUCUGGCUGCGGACGGGACGCUGCGCUGACGUGGCUCCAGGAUUUAAGGCAGGUUUUGAGCAGGACAUCGAUGGUGACCAAUCACGUUUAUUUGACACAUGCACUGAUGUGAUGUCAGCAGCAGGAAGUGAUGUGAGCUCAGCCGUGGAUUCAGUCUCUGGAGUGAAGCAGCUUCCUGAUGCGGCGAGUCUGAGCGGCGGCUAUCACUACACUCUUCUGGGCGCGUGUGUGCUGGUGGCGUUCAUGUUGGGUGCCAUCGUGUCGGGUCUGCUGGUGUCGUGCUACUGCAGUCAGAGAUCCCAGCGAGCACAAGAGCCCGAGGCGGCACUUCCUCACGCGCUCUCGCUCAACAGCCUCGCCAAGCUCAACCGCCUGCUGGACGCCAACCCGGACAAGAACGACGUCACGUCCUCCCAGAUCUACAGCUCCGGCCCGCCCUGCCGGCAGCCGCCCGUUAAUCCACACGCAGCUGUGGAGGAAGAGUUGGUCUCGACGCUGCCCACCCCGGAUUCCACUCCCGAGCUGCCAAUCAAGAACUUAAAGACUGUGAACAGCCAAUGGGAGAGAAGCCACACCCACAACUCCACCCUGCAGCUGUUUCCAACAAAUCAGACACUUUCUAGCAAUCACACUCCUUCAGAAAACCACAGCGACGACAUACUCGAACACAUCCAGCAUCAGGAAGGACGUGAUGUCACCAUUCCAGGGUCGUAUAUGAUGCCAACAUCAUAUUACAGUUGCCUAAAAGAGACGCCUGAAACCACAACACUUCAACAGAUUCCACUGCAAACGCUUCUCGAGCGACCGGACGCCAUCACAGGCCAAUCACAGCGCAAAGUCCUUAUCAAAAUGGGCAACGGGGUCACAACGGCCCGCCAGCACACUUUCAACCAGAAGUCGCUGCAGUCGGCCAACAUCUACGAGACACACAGGCCGCUCCUCGCGGGCGGCUCGUGUCUGACGCGACAGCACAGCUACAGCGAGCCUCCUCACCUCCAGAGGGCGGCCAUCAUCAGACGCACGGCGUCGCUCAAACCGCAGAUCCCGCCUAAACCCAUAAACAUUCCCGCCAAAACGCUACACCUGCCCUCUGCUGCCACGCACGGCAGACACAACUACUGACCUCUGACCCCGAGAGCUGCUGUCUUCACUCGGCAAAGUACGACUAGAGGAAAGUUUGGAAUUGAAUACAAGCAUACUGAUUACUGCACAGUACAUAUCAAACAUGAUUUCAGAUAAAACCACCAUUUUGCAUUUUAAAACCAUUUUAAAAGCUCAACAAAUGGGAUUUUUUAAUUGUUUUUGGGAUUUUUGCAGAAAAUAAGAUCUGUGACCAAGAAAAAUUUGAUUUUUACGUGUUUUCUUCAUGAUCAUUUUCACAAAUGAACACAACCUUUAUUAACUUUGAAGGCUGAAUACAAUCAGCAGAAGCAAAAAGCUUCAAACACGGUCACAUGACUUCAACAUCACCACCAUUAAGCUUCAACAACUCGUUCAGUCUUUAGUUAAAAUCGUCAAGUUGGAAACUUUGAAUUUUGAGAAUGAGUUUCAAGAGCACGAUUAUAAACACAUCGAGUCUUUGAAAGCAGCUAGUGAGAUGAGUUUACCUGUUUAAUGUCCCAUCUUCCCGUUUAAUGCCACUCGGAAGCAAACAUCAUUUUUGAAAGCUUAAAAAUCACGAACGGGUGGAAAUUAAUGAUUCAUUUUAUAUAUUGUAGAAUAAAACGUGAGAAUAUCUUAAGAUUGUUCACAACAGACUUUACAGGCAUUUAACCAAAGACACAUUCAAAAAACUCAAUGACUUCAGGACGAUGGAAACAGUAAUACUGACUCGUUUCUUGAACGUCAAGUGAAUUGCAUUGUGGGAUACAGUAUUCCAUGUUAGUAUUCAUUUACACACUGUGUCCAGUAAACAUACUGCAGUAGUAUGAACAGUAUGCUCUUCUGAACAUGACUCCAGCUCAGAAAAUGGGAUAAAAUAAUGCAGUUGUCGCAGUGAGACUCGAGAGCACCAUGUGACCCGGAGAACAACACGAGCCGGAUUGAACCCACCGAUAUCUCACAAGCAUCACAUCAGACUGACAUUAUUAAGGCUGAGGAAUUAAUGAUACUGUGUUUGGAUUCAUUUGUGCCUUACAUGAUGUUUGUGAGAGAGCUGAGGUCAGAGGUCAUGGUGCUGACACUAACCCAUAACCCCUUCCCUCUCUAAGGGACGUCUCCUGGACUCUCAGUGGCCGUCGAUCAGCUGGUUUUCAUUUUGCUUGCAAAAACACACUUCUUUGAUCAGAAAACACAGGUGCUUUUGGAAUAUUUUCAAAAGUAACUAUUUUCAGCAGAUAUGAGCGACAGGAUGUGAUGUCAUGCUUGAAUAAUAAAUGCUGUGCUCUCACACUAUAGGACAUUCUGAAGGCUUUACUCUUUUAGAUUCGUUUUGAUGCAAAACCACCUAAAUGAGAGUCCAAAAUACACAAACUCUUUAUUUUUAUGAAUAUUUCAGAACACAAGACUUCAUAUCGUCAGUCAUUCUGCUUCUCCAGUAAAUGUUUAGAUAUUUGCACAGGAAAACGAGACAGAGGAAGAACAGAGUUUUUUGCAGUGCAUGAUUGGUUUUCAGCCGAGAUCUGUGACGUUUAGAGCCUCUGCUCGUCUUUCAAGGCACAGAAUCACAGGUCAGAGUUCAAUCCACUUCUGUACGCUGUAAGACACAAUGAUUUCAUGUUUGUAUACCAGCCGCCAUGCAUUUCUGUGUGUGACACACCCCUCCGCUCUGACAGUAGCUCCGCCCACCUGAUCAGCAGAGGCCGUGAUUGGUGCAUUGUCACAGUAUAUUUUUUGUGUACUUGUUUAAUAAGAUAUUCUGAGAGAUGAGUGUGAAUUUGUGAACUUCUCAGGUUAUUGUGUGUCAUCUGAACAAACUCGCUGAUCAUUAAUGAUGAUAAACACUUGCUAUGCACUUAAUAAAAGAAACAUUGCUAAGA